AUGGGGAACGAAAGCUCCGUUCCUGUGGACGAGAAGACUCCGCCAGAAACACUAAAAUCCCGCUCCCUUGAAGGCAUCGUUGACUACAUCAAAGAGAAAAAUGUACGACGGAUUGUGGUUCUCACCGGUGCGGGAAUCAGCACCGCAGCAGGAAUCCCAGAUUUCCGCUCUCCAGACACGGGCAUCUACGCCAACCUAGCUCGUCUAAACCUCCCCCACCCAGAAGCCGUAUUUGACAUUUCAUACUUCCGCAAAAACCCCCAACCCUUCUACUCUCUGUCUAAAGAAAUGUUUCCAGGCCGCUAUCGGCCCACCAUAGCACACACUUUUAUUAAACUCCUCUACGAUAAAGGCCGUUUAUUGAAGCUCUUCACUCAGAACAUCGACUGUCUGGAACGGCAAGCUGGCGUACCGGGGGAUAUGAUUGUUGAAGCGCACGGGAGCUAUGCAACCCACUCAUGCAUUGAUUGCAAGUCUCCGUACCCAGACGACCUGAUGAGAAAGGCUAUAGAAUCCAACGAUAUACCCCUAUGCCUUAAAUGCUGUGGAUUUGUGAAGCCUGAUAUUGUGUUCUUCGGAGAGUCACUGCCGGAAAGUUUCUUCAUAAACCGCACAUUAACCACUGCGGCGGAACUGUGCAUCAUCAUGGGCACAAGUUUAACUGUGCAGCCGUUUGCCAGUUUACCUAGUCUGUGCAGAGAAGGUGUCCCUCGUCUCUUGAUCAACCUGAAUCGAGUGGGAGGGCUCGGUAGCCGGCCAGAUGAUGUAUUACUGCUGGGUGAAUGCGACGAUGGUGUGUUGAAAUUUGCAGAUGCGUUGGGCUGGCGGGAUGAGCUGGAGGAGUUAUGGGCCAAGGUAAAUACCGAGAAAACAAGCCAAAUGCAGGAGGAUAAUAGGCAAAAGCAGGCUCGAACUCGUGAUGAAAAACUACGUGACGAGGUUGACCGGCUGACUGAGGAAGUGGAUCAUAUGUUGCAUUUAUCACGAUGGCAUGAGAACCGGGUCCGGUUGGAGUUAGAGACGGAACAGCAAAAGGGAGGAGUACAUUGGAAAGCACAAAAGCUGGACAAAAGUGAAUCCACGGAUAGAUCUGCAGAUGAUAGAAAUCAGAAUCGAGAAAUGGAGAGGGGUAGCGAGACCUCCAUCCCUGAACAGGCCGCCGACAAAGUACGGGAACACCAGGCUAAACCAAAGCCAAUUGGUGCCGCAGCACAGAAGGAAGAACCAUCACCACCGCCACUGAAACAGCCAAAUCAGGACACUGGUUAA